AUGACUGUCAUGAUGAUCAAAAGAGAGACUAUGAAUUGUAUCGCAUAUGGUACAAUCAAAUUUACAUAUAAUAAAUUAUCAGGCGAAUCGUUCGGUCAUCAAUGUGACGAAGGUGAUACUGUCAUUGAGAUACGGUCACCCACCGUAGACAACAGAAUUGACGACAAAAAUCUAAACUGGUCGUUGGAUCUCCGCGAUUGCAACUAUUUGAUGGCGGUCUCUCCACCUAAUCUAAAAGAGAAGUGCACGGCAACCGUCGUCAUAUGUUAUGGGUUGAUGGCAGUACACCCGCAGGUUUUCGGAAAAGAUUGUCCCAUCAAACGAAGUACUGCCUAA